AUGUUCUCGGUUAGUUCUCUCAAACACAACGCAAGAGUUCGCGUUUCUGUAAUCUCAUUCGAUCCCGAACCGACAGUCACAUUAGACUUUACAGACAUUUCUGAGAGGGAUAAGAUGUUUGCCAAGAUUGAAGCAAUUAAGACAAUCAAUGAACAACCAUCGUAUUCUGAUGCUGUCUCCCUCGCCUUAGAUCAUCUCCGUUCUGGAGGGCGAGCUGGUGCGAAAGCUAACAUCAUCAUAGUUGGCAGCGGAAAAGGCAACGAUACAUUUGAGGAGAGGACAGCUGUAGCCGAAAGAAUGAAAAAGACUCCUUCAAUCGGUUGCUUUGCUGUCGAUUCCUCCCCAUCUACCGACAUCAACUCCCUGAAAUUAUUCACUGGCUCACGCGAGCGUGUUUUCCCUUACGAACGAAACGCAGAGUUCGCUCGUCAAAUCAAUAAAAUGGCUACUGUAGUUGAUAAUCCAAAAUGCCAGUUUGUGCUGGGAGCUAUCCGUGAUCGCGUCCAUGCAGCCGCCGGUGUUGAAGUUCAAGCUGUCACGCCAGUUGAAUGGGUAUACAGUACCGUAGGACCACCAAAAGAAGAACAUAUCGUGCAA